AUGACGAUGAAUCGCAUUGCCGUUUACGGCCACCGUGGCUGGGGCAGCUCUAGGAUUGUUGCUGCCCUGAUAGCGUCCGGGGCUCCUGUCAGGGUCCUUUACCGUCCCGGAUCGGACAUCUCCACACUUCCCGAGAAGACUGAUAAGAUCGAAGUUGACGUCAAUGACGAAGCAGCGCUGGUCCAGGCUCUGAAGGACAUCGAUAUAGUGAUUUCCCUGGUUGGACAUGAGGGGGUGCAAAGACAACACGGCUUCGUCAAGGCUAUCCCAAAGACUAAGGUCAAGCUGUUCUCGCCGUCCGACCUGGCAGCUCGCUAUGACGAGCAAGGCCUUCGCAUCAAGGUCAACAAGGAAAAGGACGAUCUUGAGAAGGCGGCGAAGGCAGCCGGGAUUCCUACCACAGUCGUUCUUAUAGGUAACUUUGCGGAGUUCGCUCUGAACACUAUGGGCAUGGGAGUCGAUGUCAAGGGCAACAGACUCGUCUACACCGCGGGCAGUGGACACGCUGAAGUAAACCUUUGUACGAGAGACUAUGUUGCGGCAGCAUACGUGUCAAUCUUCACCGAAAGACCUGUAUCUGAGAUACAGAACCGAGCCAUUGCUUUGACCGAGCUUACGCCUACUGGCGAGGAGGUCGCGGCGGCGCUGGAGCAGAAGAAUGGGUCUUCGCCCGAGACCUUCACCCACGGCCUUGAAACGGUCGAACGAGAAAUCGAGGACGGUCUCAGUGACGGAAGUCUCUUCACGUUGUCGUGGUAUUGCCGCAAGAUCUGGGGUACGGGCCAGCAGUACCGGAUGAUCGGGAAGGAUGUCUGGGCCAUGGAGGGAUACAAGAAGGCGACUCUCAGUGACUUGAUUGUCGAGGGAAAGCUUGAGCAAUACCGAGAGAUGCCCCCACAAGUUAUGGAGUACUUCGAGAAGGGCUUUAAAUCUUCAACAUAG